ACAGAGGAACGAGGGCAGAAUCAGCAGCAAGGCAAAAUAGAGGAGACAGAAAGUAAAACAGUGACAGCUGGAUAGCGCACAACAAAGAGGAAAUGAAGCUGGGUGAAUGAAUAAGAUGGAGGAUGAAAUUGAAUGGCGGUGGCCAUCAAAAUCUUUUGCAGAACAUAAAACAUUAAGUUGGCCCCACGUUACAAAAUGGCAAGUUUCUGGUUGAUUUCAGUCUUACGUUUACUGAUGGAAUUUUCAUUUGUACCAGCAUCAUUCCCCCACAGUGUAAUGGGCCUGUCCCACUUAGGCGAUUUUUCAGGCGACUGCCAGAGACUGUUAAGUACUAGUUCCCAGAAUGCGGGAACUCCUCACGACCAUGAAGGAGAUUCCCCGGCAAACACCCGCGAACAUCUGUCACCAUGGUGUCCUCGAAGAAAUUAGCAGACAUAGGUUACAGGAUGGUUUCUGGCUCAAUGAUAUUACUGACGGUGUACGGUGGUUAUCUGGACGGUGUACGGUGUACGGUGGUAGCCUACCGCUACUUCCAGACAAAAAAGACCUUGAAGGCAGCAGCUAAAGAUCAAGCCAGUGAAAUAAUCAAGGACUAAAAGCUGCUCGUGUUUGGGGAACAAAGCUCCCCGCUUUGCAACAUGUGUUAACAUGUGGUGACUAUGUGGCGACUGCAUAGUCUUCUGCAGUCGCCUAAGUGGGACGAGCCCAUAAAACUCUCCCAAGUACAAGACACAGUUCAUCUCCUGCCUGAUUUCCAAACAGAACUGUUGAAACACAACAGAUCUAAUUCACCUGCAGAAUAACUACGUGUCCUCAGAAAACACAAGGACAUAAGAGAAUGCAAACAAACAAUCUGUUGGAGGAAUACAGUAGAUUGAGUAGCAUCUGCGGGGAGAAAGGAAUGGUCAUGCCUUAGAAGUCAAAACCCUGCUUCAAGUCACAACUAAAAACAUUGAUUAUUCUUCUUGUAAGGAGAAAGUAUACAGUUAAUGGCAAGACCCUUAACAGCAUUGAUGUGCAGAGGGACCUUGGCGUGCAAGUUCAUGGCAGCACAAGUAGAUAGGAUGUUAAAGAAGGGGUAUGGUUGGCCUGGCUUCAUUGCACCGGAUAUUGAAUAUAAGAGUCGGGAAGUCACGAUACAGCUCCAUGAGACUUUGGUUACGAUGCAUUUGGAGCACUCUGUGCGGUUCUGCUCAUCCCAUUACAGAAGGGGGAAAAAGGCUUUGGAGUGAGUGCAGAGGAGGUUUACUGGGAUUCUGCCUGGAUUAGAGAGUUUCAGUUACAAGGAAAGGUUGGAUAGAUGAAUUGUUUUCUCUGGGGCAUCAGAGGAUGACGGGAGACUGGACAGAAGUAAAUACAAUUAUGAAAGGCACAGAUAGGUAAACAGUCAGAAACCUUUUCCCAGGGUAGAAAUGCCUAAUACAAGAAGGCAUAGUGAGAGGGGAAAUGUUUAAUGGAGAUGUGCAGGGUAAGCUUAAAAAAAACCCACAGCGAGUAGUGGGGGCUUGGAACACAUUGUUUGGGGUGAUAGUGGAGGUACAAUGAUAGUGACAUUUAAAAUACUUUGGAUAGGCACAUGGAUAUGAAGGGAAUGGACGAUGUACAUGCUUAUGAGAUCAGUUUAACUUGAUAUCACGUUUGGCACAAAUUCCUGUGCUGUACCGUUCUAUGUUCUCAGUGAUGUCAUUAUCUACAGUCUCCAUACUUAUACUGGCUGUACUUAUCUUUAGACUCACAAUGAUGUGGCUUUAGGCAUCGUACAGAAAACAUUUACGGCCAAAAUCUGCGGCCUCAGUGUUACGCAAAAUGCAGGAUACUUCACAGUUAAAUGAAUAUAAUAGCGUAGAAGUUGUCAGUAAAUGUUGCUGUUUGCUGAUAACAUGCCUUAAACAAAUACACAAUGACCCACUUCACAAUACUGCUGAAUUACUGCUUAUUACAGUAUACAUAAACAUUGACAUCCUACCUGAAGAGUAUCACCAGCAUCGUUAUAGUAAAGGGACAGACAUGAUUUCUUACGCUGAAAACAUCUACAGAAAUACCUCACAAGUCUCACCAUGUUUAUAUUACAUGGCCUUGCUCUCCAUGAAUGAAUGUUAACAAAAUGCUGGAGUAACUCAGUGGGACUUGCAGCGUUUCUGGAGAGAAGGAAUGGGUGAUGUUUCGGGACGCUACCCGAAACGUCACCCGUUCCUUUUCUCCAGAGAUGUUGCCUGUCCCACUGAGUUACUCCAACAUUUUGUGUCUAUCUUCGGUUUAAACCAGCAUCUGCAGUUCCUUCCUACACAAUGAAUGUUAACAUUCAUCUCUCACCAUGAACCCACAAAGGCCUGUCCAAUGCAGUCACAUACAGGAGACAGACAGACAUACUCCACAGCAGUACAGAGAGUAUCUGCUCAUUCAGUGGUAUUUCAAUGAUGCA